GAAUACACAAUUUUCAGUACAGAAGAGUAAAAGAUAAACCCAGGAAUGGUCAAGGUACCCCAAAAAAGGGGUCCAACAUCAGAUGAUUCAGUUUUAUAAGUAGCUACUCCCAUCCCUUGGCCAUGCUUGAAGCAAGGCAACAUGGGAUCCUCCCACCCACCCCCCUCCUCCUGAUAUUGGUUUAAGAGUACUCUCUCUCUCUCUCGAGCUCAGAAAAGCUGCAGCUGAGAAUCCCCAAGGAAGGACGUGGUCUGAUUAAGGCUUGGAAUUGAAGGAGAAGUUGAAGGAUCCACAUGUGGAACAUCGUUGGCGAGAGAUAAGAAUGGUGUGAGGAGGUGAAGUCUUCUUGGAUGGCAAAUCAUAGAGUUGGUGAAACUGGUCUUUCAGAUUCUGGACCUUCAAGUCAGCCUGUGGCUUAUGGAGUUCAUGGCAUCACUCCUGCUGCCACCAAUUUCUUUGAUCAGGAAGGAGCUGCUUAUUUUGGGGAGUUGGAAGAGGCUCUCAUGCAAGGAGUUGCUGGCAUGAGAAAUGAUGGAGACAGGAAACCUUUUUUCACAACCAGACCUCCUACUCUUGAAAUCUUCCCCUCAUGGCCAAUGAGAUUCCAACAAACUCCCAAGUGCCAACAGGGGAAUUCACAGCCAGCAGAGAGCACUGAUUCAGGAUCAGCCCAAAACACAAUUUCCCAGCCGGACUCAGAGUCCCCAGGGAGCGUAAAGGCUUCCUCAGAGCAGUCUUCAGAGCAGCAGCAGCAAAGAAUGAUGGCGGGCGAUGCCCCCAGCGCAGAAGCGGCAGCACCAAAUCAUCAGCCCAAGACCCAAGAUAAUGUACUGUUUAGGAGGGUGGCUGGUUCAACAGCAGAGAAAGAUGGAAAGAUAUUAGAUGCGAAGAGCUUGAGACGCUUAGCUCAGAAUAGAGAGGCAGCACGCAAAAGCCGACUGAGAAAGAAGGCUUAUAUACAACAGCUAGAGUCCAGCAGAAUCAAACUUACUCAGUUAGAACAAGAUCUCCAGAGAGCGCGAUCGCAGGGUCUAUUCUUAGGAGGAGGUGGUGCAGGUGGAAAUAUCAGUUCCGCUGCGGCGGUCUUUGACAUGGAAUAUGGUAGAUGGUUGGAUGAGAACUACAGGCAUAUGACGGACCUGCGCGAAGGCUUGCAAGCGCACCUCUCCGAUGGCGACCUCCGAGUCAUAGUGGAUGAAUGCCUCGCUCACUAUGACGAGAUCUUCCGGGUGAAAGGAGUUGCUGCCAAAUCAGAUGUCCUCCACCUUAUAACUGGGAUGUGGACUACUCCGGCCGAGCGGUGUUUCCUUUGGAUGGGUGGAUUCAGACCUUCCGAGCUGCUCAAGAUUCUGAUACCUCAAAUGGACCCGUUAACGGAGCAACAGCUCGUGGGGAUCUGCAGCCUUCAGCAGUCAUCCCAACAGGCGGAAGAGGCCCUCUCACAGGGCCUCGAGCAGCUCCAUCAGUCCCUCGGAGAUGCGGUGGCCAGCGGGUCUCUUAGUGAAGGCACCGAUGUUGGGAACUACAUGGGUCAAAUAGCCAUUGCACUCGGGAAACUUGCCGAUCUCGAGGGAUUCGUCCGGCAGGCCGAUAAUAUGAGACAGCAGACCCUUCACCAGACGCGUAGGAUUCUGACGGUCCGGCAAGCAGCAAGAUGCUUCUUAGCAAUUGGAGAGUAUAACAGCCGCCUACGCGCUCUUAGUUCCCUAUGGGCUUCUCGCCCUCGAGAUGUUUGUAACAGGAACUUGAUCGCCGACGAGAGCGCCUGCCCUGCAACUACCGACCUUCAAAUAAUUCACCAGCCAGUUCACAGUCAUUUUUCUGGCUUCUAACUGAUCCAAUUUAGAAGAUGAUUGACACUAUCCACAUCUGGUUUCUGCAUUUGUAGCGAUGCUGGCAGCAGUGGGAGGGGAGAGGAGGUAUAUGUAGAGAGAGAAGUAGAAUGUCUUAUGAUUGAUCUCAUGUUACCAGAGUUUUUACUUUAGCCAAAUUAUAGGAAGGAGAGGAGCUCUGAAUACGAUGGAGAGGCUGAAAACAGAAGAAGAUGAGGAGCUAGGCAAGGACAGGAAUGUGGUUAUUGUUGUUCAGUGACAAGUAAUUGAAAGGCAUGGUAGUCUAUCACAAUGUAGAUAAGAAUGAGCAAUUUUUUACCAUUAUUGUCAUAUACUCGUAUAUUUAUAUCUGCAUGCAUACGUAUCAUCCUUGUAGAACAUAGUAAUGUUGGAUAUCUUUGGCACAACUUGUUGGAUGCAAUACAAAGUAGGAGGUUAAUCUUUAAUGUA